CAACAACAACACAACUUACAUCUACAACUGAACCAACAAUCACAACUCCUUCAACAUCUACAACAGAUUAUACAGCUACAACUACAGCCCCUCUUACAGCAACAACAACACAACUUACAUCUACAGCUGAACCAACAGCCACAACUCUAACAUCUACAACUACAGCCCCUCUUACAGCAACAACAACACAACCUACAUCUACAACUGAACCAACAAUCACAACUCCUUCAACAUCUACAACAGAUCAUACAGCUACAACUACAGCCCCUCUUACAGCAACAACAACACAACCUACAUCUACAACUGAACCAACAAUCACAACUCAUUCAACAUCUACAACAGAUCAUACAGCUACAACUGCAGCCCCUCUUACAGCAACAACAACACAACUUACAUCUACAGCUGAACCAACAAUCACAACUCAUUCAACAUCUACAACAGAUCAUACAGUUAAAAAUACAGAUUUUCUUAAGGCAAUGACAAUACAACUUACAUCUACAACUGAACCAACGGCCACAACUCUAACAUCUACAACAGAACAUACAGAACCAACGAUAAAAAAACUUACAUCUACAACUGAACAACUGGCCAAGACUACUUCAACAUCUACAACAGAUUAUAGAGUUACAACUACAGCCCCUCUUACAGCAACAACAACACAACUUACAUCUACAACUGAACCAACAAUCACAACUCAUUCAACAUCUACAACAGAUCAUACAGCUACAACUACAGCCCCUCUUACAGCAACAACACAACUUACAUCUACAGCUGAACCAACGGCCACAACUCUAACAUCUACAACAGAACAUACAGAACCAACGACAAAAAAACUUACAUCUACAACUGAACAACUGGCCAAGACUACUUCAACAUCUACAACAGAUCAUAGAGUUACAACUACAGCCCCUCUUAAAGCAACAACAACACAACUUACAUCUACAACUGAACCAACAAACACAACUCAUUCAACAUCUACAACAGAUCAUACAGCUACAACUACAGCCCCUCUUACAGCAACAACAACACAACUUACAUCUACAGCUGAACCAACGGCCACAACUCUAACAUCUACAGCAGAUCAUAGAGUUACAACUACAGCCCCUCUUACAGCAACAACAACACAACUUAUAUCUACAACUGAACCAACGGCCACAACUCUAACAUCUACAACAGAUCACAGAGUUACAACUACAGCUCCUCUUACAGCAACAACAACACAACUUACAUCUACAACUGAACCAACAAACACAACUCAUUCAACAUCUACAACAGAUCAUACAGCUACAACUACAGCCCCUCUUACAGCAACAACAACACAACCUACAUCUACAACUGAACCAACGGCCACAACUCUAAAAUCUACAGCAGAUCAUAGAGUUACAACUACAGCCCCUCUUACAGCAACAACAACACAACUUACAUCUACAACUGAACCAACAAUCACAACUCAUUCAACACCUACAACAGAUCAUACAGCUCCAACUACAGCCCCUCUUACAGCAACAACAACACAACUUACAUCUACAACUGAACCAACAAUCACAACUCAUUCAACAUCUACAACAGAUCAUACAGCUCCAACUACAGCCGCUCUUACAGCAACAACAACACAACUUACAUCUACAACUGAACCAACGGCCACAACUCUAAAAUCUACAGCAGAUCAUAGAGUUACAACUACAGUCCCUCUUACAGCAACAACAACACAACUUACAUCUACAACUGAACCAACAAUCACUACUCAUUCAACAUCUACAAUAGAUCAUACAGCUACAACUACAGCCCCUCGUACAGCAACAACAACACAACUUACAGCAACAACAACACAACUUAUAUCUACAACUGAACCAACAAUCACAACUCCUUCAACAUCUACAACAGAUCAUACAGCUACAACUACAGCCCCUCUUACAGCAACAACAACACAACCUACAUCUACAACUGAACCAACAAUCACUACUCCUUCAACAUCUACAACAGAUCAUACAGCUACAACGACAGCUCUUCUUACAGCAACAACAACAAAACUUACAUCUACAGCUGAACCAACAGCCACAACUCUAAAAUCUACAGCAGAUCAUAGAGUUACAACUACAGCCCCUCUUACAGCAACAACAACACAACUUACAUCUACAACUGAACCAACAAUCACAACUCAUUCAACAUCUACAACAGAUCAUAGAGUUACAACUACAGCCCCUCUUACAGCAACAACAACACAACUUACAUCUACAGCUGAACCAACAAUCACAACUCCUUCAACAUCUACAACAGAUCAUACAGCUACAACUACAGCCCCUCUUACAGCAACAACAACACAACCUACAUCUACAACUGAACCAACAAUCACUACUCCUUCAACAUCUACAACAGAUCAUACAGCUACAACGACAGCUCUUCUUACAGCAACAACAACACAACUUACAUCUACAGCUGAACCAACGGCCACAACUCUAAAAUCUACAGCAGAUCAUAGAGUUACAACUACAGCCCCUCUUACAGCAACAACAACACAACUUACAGCAACAACAACACAACUUACAUCUACAACUGAACCAACAAUCACAACUCAUUCAACAUCUACAACAGAUCAUACAGCUACAACUACAGCCCCUCUUACAGCAACAACAACACAACUUACAUCUACAGCUGAACCAACGGCCACAACUCUAACAUCUACAACAGAUCAUAGAGUUACAACUACAGCCCCUCUUACAGCAACAACAACACAACCUACAUCUACAACUGAACCAACAAUCACAACUCCUUCAACAUCUACAACAGAUCAUACAGCUACAACUACAGCCCCUCUUACAGCAACAAAAACACAACUUACAUCUACAGCUGAACCAACAGCCACAACUCUAACAUCUACAACAGAUCAUAGAGUUACAACUACAGCCCCUCUUACAGCAACAACACAACCUACAUCUACAACUGAACCAACAAUCACAACUCAUUCAACAUCUACAACAGAUCAUACAGCUAUGACUAUAGCCCCUCUUACAGCAACAACAACACAACUUACAUCUACAACUGAACCAACAAUCACAACUCCUUCAACAUCUACAACAGAUCAUAGAGUUACAACUACAGCCCCUCUUACAGCAACAACAACACAACUUACAUCUACAGCUGAACCAACAAUCACAACUCAUUCAACAUCUACAACAGAUCAUACAGUUAAAAAUACAGAUUUUCUUAAGGCAAUGACAAUACAACUUACAUCUACAACUGAACCAACGGCCACAACUCUAACAUCUACAACAGAACAUACAGAACCAACGAUAAAAAAACUUACAUCUACAACUGAACAACUGGCCAAGACUACUUCAACAUCUACAACAGAUCAUAGAGUUACAACUACAGCCCCUCUUACAGCAACAACAACACAACUUACAUCUACAACUGAACCAACAAACACAACUCAUUCAACAUCUACAACAGAUCAUACAGCUACAACUACAGCCCCUCUUACAGCAACAACAACACAACUUAUAUCUACAGCUGAACCAACGGCCACAACUCUAACAUCUACAGCAGAUCAUAGAGUUACAACUACAGCCCCUCUUACAGCAACAACAACACAACUUAUAUCUACAACUGAACCAACGGCCACAACUCUAACAUCUACAGCAGAUCAUAGAGUUACAACUACAGCCCCUCUUACAGCAACAACAACACAACUUAUAUCUACAACUGAACCAACGGCCACAACUCUAACAUCUACAACAGAUCAUAGAGUUACAACUACAGUCCCUCUUAUAGCAACAACAACACAACUUACAUCUACAACUGAACCAACAAUCACUCAUUCAACAUCUACAAUAGAUCAUACAGCUACAACUACAGCCCCUCUUACAGCAACAACAACACAACUUACAUCUACAGCUGAACCAACAAUCACAACUCAUUCAACAUCUACAACAGAUCAUACAGCUACAACUACAGCCCCUCUUACAGUAACAACAACACAACUUACAUCUACAACUGAACCAACAAUCACAACUCAUUCAAAAUCUACAACAGAUCAUACAGCUACAACUACAGAUCUUCUUAAGGCAAUGACAACACAACUUACAUCUACAAUCGAACCAACGGCCACAACUCUUUCAACAUCUACAACAGAUCAUACAGCUACAACUACAGACCCCCAUGCACCAACGACAAAACAACUUACAUCUACAACUAAACAACUGGCCAAGACUCCUUCAACAUCUCCAACAGAUCAUACAGCUACAGCUACAGAUCUGCUUACAUCAAUGACAAUACAACUUACAUCUACAAUUGAACCAACAAUCACCACUCAUUCAUCACCUACAACAGAUCAUACGGCUACAACUACAGCUCUUCUUACAGCAACAGCAACACAACUUACAUCUACAACUGAACCAAUGGCCACAACUCAUUCAACAUCUACAGCAGAUCAUACAGAACCAACAACAAAACAACAACUUACAUCUACAACUGAACAACUGGCUAGGAUUUCUUCAACAACAACCACAGAUCAUACAACUACAACUACAGAUCUUCUUAUAUCAAUGACAACACAACUUACAUCUACAACUGAACCAACAAUCACAACUCAUUCAACAUCUCCAACAGAUAAUACAGUUACAACUACAGCCCCUCUUACAGCAACAACAACACAACUUACAUCUACAACUGAACCAACAAUCACAACUCCUUCAACAUCUACAACAGAUCAUCCAGCUACAACUACAGCUCUUCUUACAGCAACGACAACACAACUUACAUCUACAGCUGAACCAAUGGCCACAACUGUAACAUCUACAACAGAUCGUACAGCUACAACUACAGCUCUUCUUACAGCAACGACAACACAACUUACAUCUACAGCUGAACCAAUGGCUACAACUCUAACAUCUACAACAGAUCAUAGAGUUACAACUACAGCCCCUCUUACAGCAACAACAACACAACUUACAUCUACAGCUGAACCAACAAUCACAACUCCUUCAACAUCUACAACAGAUCAUAGAGUUACAACUACAGCCCCUCUUACAGCAACAACAACACAACUUACAUCUACAACUGAACCAACAAUCACAACUCAUUCAACAUCUACAACAGAUCAUACAGCUACAACUACAGCCCCUCUUACAGCCACAACAACACAACUUACAUCUACAGCUGAACCAACGGCCACAACUCUAACAUCUACAACAGAUCAUAGAGUUACAACUACAGCCCCUCUUACAGCAACAACAACACAACUUACAUCUACAGCUGAACCAACGGCCACAACUCUAACAUCUACAACAGAUCAUAGAGUUACAACUACAGCCCCUCUUACAGCAACAACAACACAACUUACAUCUACAACUGAACCAACAAUCACUACUCAUUCAACAUCUACAACAGAUCAUAGAGUUACAACUACAGCCCCUCGUACAGCAACAACAACACAACUUACAUCUACAGCUGAACCAACGGCCACAACUCUAACAUCUACAACAGAUCACAGAGUUACAACUACAGCCCCUCUUACAGCAACAACAACACAACUUACAUAUACAACUGAACCAACAAUCACAACUCCUUCAACAUCUACAACAGACCAUACAGCUACAACUACAGAUCUUCUUAAGGCAAUGACAACACAACUUACAUCUACAGCUGAACAACUGGCCAAGAUUUCUUCAACAACUACCACAGAUCAUACAACUACAACUACAGAUCUUCUUAUACCAAUGACAACACAACUUACAUCUACAAUCGAACCAACGGCCACAACUCGUUCAACAUCUACAACAGAUCAUACAGCUACAACUACAGACCCCCAUGCACCAACGACAAAACAACUUACAUGUACAACUAAACAACUGGCCAAGACUCCUUCAACAUCUCCAACAGAUCAUACAGCUACAGCUACAGCUCUUCUUACAGCAAUGACAACACAACCUACUUCUACAACUGAACCAACAGCCACAACUCUAACAUCUACAACAGAUCAUACAGAACCAAUGACAAAACAACUCACAUCUACAACUGAACAACUGGCCAAGAUUUCUUCAACAACUACCACAGAUCAUACAGCUACAACUACAGUUCUUCUUACAUCAAUGACAAUACAACUUACAUCUACAAUCGAACCAACGGCCACAACUCGUUCAUCACCUACAACAGAUCAUACGGCUACAACUACAGCUCUUCUUACAGCAACAGCAACACAACUUACAUCUACAACUGAACCAAUGGCCACAACUCAUUCAACAUCUACAACAGAUCAUACAGUUGCAACUACAGCCCCUCUUACAGCAAUGACAAUACAACUUACAUCUACAACUGAACAAACAGCCACAACUCUAACAUCUACAACAGAUCAUACAGAACCAACAACAAAACAACUUACAACUACAACUGAACAACUGCCUAGGAUUUCUUCAACAACAACCACAGAUCAUACAACUACAACUACAGAUCUUCUUAUAUCAAUGACAACACAACUUACAUCUACAAUUGAACCAACAAUCACAACUCAUUCAACAUCUACAACAGAUCAUACAGCUACAACUACAGCCCCUCUUACAGCAACAGCAACACAACUUACAUCUACAACUGAACAACUGGCCAAGACUACUUCAACAUCUACAACAGAUCAUACAGCUACAACUACAGCUCUUCUUACAGCAAUGACAACACAACCUACUUCUACAACUGAACCAACGGCCACAACUCUAACAUCUACAACAGAUCAUACAGAACCAACGACAAAACAACUCACAUCUACAAAUGAACAACUGGCCAAGAUUUCUUCAACAACUACCACAGAUCAUAAAGCUACAACUACAGAUCUUCUUAUAUCAAUGACAACACAACUUACAUCUACAAUUGAACCAACAAUCACAACUCAUUCAACAUCUACAACAGAUAAUACAGUUACAACUACAGCCCCUCAUACAGCAACAACAACACAACUUACAUCUACAACUGAACCAACGGCCACAACUCUAACAUCUACAACAGAACAUACAGUACCAACGACAAAACAACUUACAUCUACAACUGAACAACUGGCCAAGACUACUUCAACAUCUACAACAGAUCAUACAGUUACAACUACAGCCCCUCUUACAGCAACAACAACACAACUUACAUCUACAACUGAACCAACAAUCACAACUCCUUCAACAUCUACAACAGAUCAUACAGCUACAACUACAGCCCCUCUUAAAGCAACAACAACACAACUUACAUCUACAGCUGAACCAACGGCCACAACUCUAACAUCUACAACAGAUCAUACAGCUACAACUACAGAUCUUCUUAAUGCAAUGACAACACAACUUACAUCUACAACUGAACCAAUGGCCACAACUCUAACAUCUACAACAGAACAUACAGAACCAACGACAAAACAACUUACAUCUACAACUGAACAAAUGGCCAAGACUACUUCAACAUCUACAACAGAUCAUACAGUUUCAACUACAGCUCUUCUUACAGCAAUGACAACACAACUUACAUCUACAGCUGAACCAACAAUCGCAACUCAUUCAACAUCUACAGCAGAUCAUAGAGUUUCAACUACAGCCCCUCUUACAGCAACAACAACACAACUUACAUCUACAACUGAACCAACAAUCACAACUCAUUCAACAUCUAUAACAGAUCAUAGAGUUACAACUACAGCCCCUCUUUCAGGAACAACAACACAACUUACAUCUACAACUAAACCAACAAUCACUACUCCUUCAACAUCUACAAUAGAUCAUACAGCUACAACUACAGCCCCUCUUAAAGCAACAACAACACAACUUACAUCUACAGCUGAACCAACGGCCACAACUCUAACAUCUACAACAGAUCAUAGAGUUACAACUACAGCCCCUCUUACAGCAACAACAACACAACUUACAUCUACAACUGAACCAACAAUCACAACUCAUUCAACAUCUACAACAGAUUAUACAGCUACAACUACAGCCCCUCUUACAGCAAUGACAACACAACCUACUUCUACAAUUGAACCAACGGCCACAACUCUAACAUCUACAACAGAAUGUACAGAACCAACGACAAAACAACUCACAUCUACAGCUGAACAACUGACCAAGAUUUCUUCAACAACUACCACAGAUCAUACAGCUACAACUACAGCCCCUCUUACAGCAAUGACAACACAACUUACAUCUACAACUGAACCAACAAUCCCUACUCAUUCAACAUCUACAGCAGAUCAUACAGCUACAACUACAGCUCCUCUUACAGCAACAACAACACAACCUACAUCUACAACUGAACAAACAAACACAACUACUCCUACGACUAAACUCACCAUCCAAGAACACUCACAAACACUUGUAACUGGUUUGAUAACAUCAACUUUACAUGGAACAUCUACAACAAAGCCUUUGCUGGUUACCAACCAUCUGCAAACUCAGGGAUCAGUUUCAAGACAAGCAGUGACACCUGAUUCCAAGCCGAUAUCAAUGGACAUGUCCUCAAUUUUUCCAACCACUCAGGAAAACCAAAAAACUAAUGCAAACACCUUCUUAAACCCAUUUUCUCCAUCAUCUCUUCCCAUAGCCAUAAGCAAUGACUCAAUCUCUUCUCUUGAACCUGUGACCACCACAUUAGCUUAUGAACACAACUCAACUUUGGGUUUAUCCAUUCAACCAGACCUUAACAAUUCAGAUUCAGAGGCAUCUACAAUCACAGACACGUUGUCAAACAUGUCUUCAAUAACAACAGAUCUGACAAACUCACCAUCACAAAACAACAUCACCAGAGAAAUAAAGGUUAAUAAGUCAGGAAAAGGCACCAUUGUUUUUCUCUUAAACACACAGCAAGUACCAAUGUUUAAAACUAUUACCUUUAACCACCCACUGGUAAAACAAGUCACAAUCAUGACCACAGUGUCAAGACCAUGAAACAGUCACACAAAACUACUUAAAGUGUGCAAUUCAGAGAGCUUAUGUUUUGCUCUUUUUGUACAUGACAAAUGCAGAACAGCAGAACUGUUAAAACAGAAAAAGAUUCAGAAUUUAAGCAAUGAACUAGCUGAAAUUUUUUAGUGGUUAGCGAAAACACAGGAAGACUAUGCCAAAUAUUUCAACAUCAGUCAGAUCAUAUGACUAAGUGCCUAAAGCAACCCAACAAACAAACAAACAAAGACAGAAACAAAAACAAGUGAAACAGGAAACACAUUUUGAAGAACCAGUUUAAUGUUGCAUGAAAACUAACUUUCAUUUCAACAACAUAUCAAAUAUGAUAUUUUGUAUCAUCAUAUGUAUAAAUAUUCUAAUAUAUUUAUUAUUUACAGCACUGUCUUGGGUUGUAGUGAUGUAUAUUAAAACCUGUCAUGCAACACAGACAAUGUAAAACUUUUCUCUUUUCUACAUCUCACUUUUGUUGUAACUUGUGUAAUACACUGUAAAUAAAAUAUUUUUUUCAAAGUUGUAAAUAAAACAUUACUGGAAUAUGUUUUACAAGAAAAUACUAUUAAUUCAAUGUGUUAUUUGUGGUUUCUUUGAAAUUAUCUGUAAAAUGUACAUUUCUUUACUUAAUUUAUUUAAAUAAAUCCAACAUAUUUUUUUUCAGUGUAAUAUUGUUUAUACUUUAAAAUUAGUAUGAAUAUUGUUGGCUCCUGUGACAAAUUUCUUGGGAUUUUCAUCAUUUGUAAGGUGCUUUGAAUAAAAGCAUCCACUAAAUGAAGAAAUGUACAGUACAGUAUGUCUGAUGAAAUCUAUGUUCAUAUGAAAAGCACACUCUACAUUCCUUCAGCAGACAGAUGGAGAGAUAUGCAAACAUCUCACAUACUAUGUAAGUUGUAGAAAUGAAAGGUUUGAGGAUCAAAAGUACGAGUUAACGUUAUACCUGUAGAACAAAAUCUGUCUUCUGGGAAAAACUCACAUGGAUAGAAUGGCUUGAUAAUAUUAUCAUGAAAACCUGCACAGCAGCUUUGCAGUAGUUGUGAUCACAGUUAUUCAUCUCGACAACAAAACCACAAGACCGGAUGAAUUCAUACAGCAGUAACACUGUUUCUUAUGAUUCAAAAUUCAGUGUAACUUGAUAUUCUGCCAUCUUGGAUUUUUCUGAACACUGUUUUUUCUCCCCUUUUUCCUCUUCCUUUGUUUCUUCUUAUCACAACCAGCUCCUUCCGCCCUAAUGAGGAAUAAUUUGCCAAAAAUUAAAUAAAUUCUGCCAUCAUGUCAUUCCAAACUCUCAUAUUGUACAA